AUGGCUGCGAAACCGCUCCUCAAAAUGGGUCUCAGGAAGACUAUUGGAUUGGGUCUGAAUACGAGAGUCUGGAGCGAACCGUGGAUUCCAGACACUAGAGCUCGGCCACCUAGAGCCUCCCUGCAGAUCGGGUUUCAAGACCCAGGAUUAUUGGUUUACUCCUUCAUACGCCAAGAUACGAAACAAUGGAAUAUCCCCCUUUUACAUGAAUUCUUCCAACCUGAGGAUGUCUCCCUCAUUCUCGGGUUGAGACCUAGCCGAAAUCGUAUGUUGGAUGGAUAUGCAUGGAAUCAUUCCAAAUCAGGAAUCUACUCAGUUAAAUCGGGGUAUGACCUAAUUAGAAGGACAAAACUAGAACAGGAAGCCGUUGGUGUUAGAGAGCCAAGUAUCACACCACUGCUAAGAUAUGUAUGGAAAAUCCGCGCCCCCGGAAAAAUGAAACAUUUCCUAUGGCAAUCACUAUCCGGAUGUGUGGCCACUUGUCAGAACCUAACCUUCAGACACCUGGGAUCGGACUCGCGGUGCCCUCGUUGCGGGGACCCUGAAGAGUCCAUAAACCAUCUCCUGUUUUUAUGUCCCCCGGCCUUACAAGUCUGGGCGUUAUCGGACUUCCCGUCCCUUCCGGGCUUCUUCCCGAGUACCUCUAUUUACCAGAAUAUGAGCUUUCUCUUUUGGAAAACAAAAGAGUUAGGCAUGACAGAUCCACACAAGGAUUUAUAUCCGUGGAUCCUCUGGUACAUUUGGAAAGCCAGAAACGACAAGAUUUUCAACGGGAAAGAAAUUUCCUCGGAAGAUACCUUGAUUCAUGCUAGAGUGGAAGCGGAAAGCUGGAGAAUCGCUAACCGAUCAGAAGAAGACGACGUGGAGUUUGAAAGCUGUGUUCCCCAAUCCUCCCCACCGAGACACCCUACCGAGUUCCGGCGCUCUCCGUUAUGCCGUGUUGAUGCCUCCUGGAUCGAUCACGGUUCGGUGAGCGGACUCGGUUGGUGUUUCUUGGAUGUCAUCGGAAAUGAGACAGUAGGAGCCCAGGGAUGUCGAAGAAGCCUUUCCGCUCUUCACGCCGAGAUGGAUUGCCUCCUUUGGGCUAUGUCUAGCCUGAGAGAAAGAGGAAAUCUUUCAGUUCACUUUCAAUCCGACUGUUCGGACCUUGUGAGCAUGGUUGGUUCACCAGCAGAUUGGCCGUCUUUUCAAACUGAGUUGGAAUCCUUCAGUAUCCUCCGGGAGAGCUAUUUAGACUUCACCUUAUCAAAUAUUCCCAGAGAUCAAAAUGUCCGGGCGGAUAGUCUUGCGAAAGGAGCCCGUGCCAGAGGCCUUAUUUUUUCCCAAAUCAUUCAUACCGAGCUAGUCGACGAUGGUUCUCGGAUCAUUUUCCCGACUGGACACAUGUGA